AUGGGAUACGAAUUGUUCGCUGCAAAUGGGACUAUCAUUUACACAUAUGGCUUCCUCCCCUUAACGCUGGAUCUAGGACUUAGGCGCGCUUUCACGUGGCGUUUCGUCGUAGCAGACGUCUCAAAGCCCAUCAUCGGCGUCGACUUUUUAAGUUACUACAACCUGCUAGUCGACUGUCGCAACCAGCGCCUCGUUGACGGUGUUACCACACUUGCUGUUGCACUCCCGAAACAACGUUCUACGGAAACAAUUUCCUCAGUCCGUACGACUUUAGAGGAUACAUCUUAUCAUCGCCUGCUUAGAGAAUUCCCAGAAAUCACUCGCCCUGCUGGAAAGCCGCACAUCACCAAACACUCUACGGUGCACCAUAUCCGUACCACCGAUGGACCACCGGUAUCUAGCCGCCCGCGACGGUUAGACCCGGAAAGACUAAAAAUUGCUAAGCAAGAGUUCGAUGAGAUGUUACAGAGUGGCACAGCAAGAAGAUCUGACAGCCCAUGGUCAUCACCGUUACAUUUAACUAAGAAGAAAAACGACGGGUGGCGACCGUGCGGCGAUUACAGAGCCCUAAACGCCCGUACAAUUCCCGAUAAGUACCCUAUCAGGCACUUGAAUGAUUUUACGUGCCAGUUGACAGGCAGUACGGUCUUUUCAACCAUAGACCUGGUUAAAGCUUAUCAUCAGAUACCAGUAUACGAAGACGACAUUCCGAAAACCGCUAUCGCCACUCCUUUCGGGCUUUACGAAUUCCCGUUCAUGACGUUCGGUCUUCGUAACGCCGCACAGACCUUUCAAAGAUUCAUGGACGAGGUACUGCGGGGCUUAGAUUUUUGUUAUGGGUACCUGGAUGACAUUCUAGUCUUCAGCAGCAGCAGUACCCUUCAUCAAGAGCAUCUCAAGUUGUUGUUCCAAAGACUAGCAGAAUAUGGAGUUCUAAUAAAUACCAACAAAUGUACUUUCGGCAAAACGCAAGUUCAGUUCCUGGGCCACAACGUGUCAGCAGCAGGAAUACAGCCGUUAGAAUUGAAGGUUGAAGCCAUUCAGAACUUCCCGGUACCCAAGACGCUAAAAGAAUUACGAAGAUUUUUAGGUAUGAUCAAUUUUUAUCGCCGUUUUAUACCUAAUGCUGCAAAAGUUCAGGCACCGCUCAACCAACUCCUCGUUGGGCCUAAAACGAAGGGAUCGCAGCCUAUUAACAUGACGCCUGCCCUAUUAGAGUCUUUCGAACUGUCUAAAAAGCAACUUUCAGAAGCUACGCUUUUGGUCCACCCAGAUCCUCAAGCAGAACUGUCCAUACAGACGGACGCUUCAGAUACAGCAAUAGGUGCUGUGCUGCAACAGUUCAAGAACAAUGAAUGGCAACCCUUAGCAUUCUUUUCGAGGAAGCUAAACUUCAGAUAUGUAGCUGGUAAAGAAAAUAUUGUUGCAGAUGCCCUUUCGCGUAUCGAGGCAGUUUCUAUACCCUUAGAUUACCACUCCCUGGUCAAAGCACAAGAGGCAGACAGCGAGCUACAGGACCUGCUGAAAAAUGGGUCUGCGCUUAGGUUGAAGAAAAUACGAUUAGAGUCAGAGCCAGCUCUUCUGGUAUACUGCGAUGUCUCUCAAAGUAAUCCUCGACCAUUCAUCACACCUUCAUAUCGCAAGCAGGUAUUCGAUUCGCUCCACAAUUUAAGCCAUCCAGGAGCCAAGCCUACGGUCAAGUUAGUUACAGAGCGCUACAUUUGGCCUGGUAUCCGCAAAGACUGUCGACAAUGGGUAAAGGAGUGUCAACAAUGUUACAGGUACUGCCUAACCAUCGUGGACCGCUACACAAGGUGGCCAGAAGUCUACCCACUACAAGACAUCACCGCCGAAAGCUGCAUUGCUGCCCUUUCCAGUGGUUGGAUAUCACGGUUCGGGUGCCCCGAACACAUCACCACUGACCGUGGCCGGCAGUUUGAGUCGGGCGCUUUCAAAGAACUGGUCAAGCUCAUCGGUGCCAACCAUCAUACCACAACGGCAUAUCAUCCGACAGCUAAUGGUAUGGUAGAAAGACUACACCGUCAAUUAAAAGCCGCAAUUGCCUGUCAUUCUACUCCGAACUGGGUAGAAGUGUUACCUUGGGUAUUACUAGGUAUACGCAGCGCAUUCAAGGAUGACAUUAAAGCUUCAACGGCCGAACUUGUCUACGGGGAACCACUGCGGUUACCUGGACAGUUCUUCUCAUCAGCACCCCCAACCAUCGAGGACAUCACCGAAUUCAUUGGUAGAAUCCAAACACAUGUCAAUAAAUUAAGGCCACAACCAUCAUCUUGGCACACAAGUUCUAAUCAAACUUUUUACAUACCAAAAGACCUUAGGCUUACCUCGCACGUAUUUAUCCGGCAGGGUCCCCAUCGGAAACCCCUUCAAGCACCUUAUUCAGGUCCAUACAGGGUGCUGCGACGCGAGGAGAAAACCUUUGACAUCGACGUACUAGGCAAAACGCAGCGAAUCAGCAUAGACAGACUGAAACCAGCUUACAUACUCGCUGAGGACCAGACAGACCAGAACAUUAAAGUUCAGGAGAAGUCUGAUGCCAUCCCUGCCAGUAAAACCAGGAGUGGUAGAGUGGUCAGAUUCCCAAACUACUAUCGCCCGUAG